CAACAAGAUUAUGUCUUAUGACAACAUAUAAUCUUCAUAACGAUGGCAUUUGAAAACAAUUUGGGAGUUAUUUUCCUCACUUUGAAAUAAAUCCCCAGUGAGCACCUUAGCUUUCAAAAAAAAAAAAAUCACAAAUUAGACAAGUCACUGUAGCCAUUUCCUCCCCGAGGUGAUGAGGGACGCUCAGGAAACAGGUCGUUCGGGUUUGAACGCAGGAUGCAGCAAUGCAUUAAGACCUGGGCCUCGGUUUUCCCUCCUACGAGGCAGCGUUAAGGGUUAACCGAGAACAGCCGUGAGCUAACCCCCUUGGAAUACAGCAAGUGCUCGGUAGAUGCCGUUGCCAUCGACUCCAGCCCUGCCCAGGCACAGCCUCUCCCUCCUUUCCGCACUUCGCAGAGGGGGCGCACGGUCCCUGAGCUCUCGCCGGCCUCCCCACUCCCGCUGCCCGGACGCGGACGCGACGGCGGCGGUGCAUUGUGGGGCUUGUAGUGCUGGACCGGGCUGGAUGGGUGGGCGCGGCCGCAGCAGUCACAGCGGGGCCAUCUUCGGCGUGCCGGCUGGCCUGGCCUGUGCAGCCCGCAUCCGCGCCCCGCGCCCGGCCUGAUGGCGCCGCGGCCCCUGAGCCCCUUGGUGCUGGCGCUGGGCGGCGCCGCGGCCGUGCUCGGCUCGGUGCUCUUCAUCCUCUGGAAGGUCUACUUCGGCCGCGGACGAGAGCGGCGCUGGGACCGCGGCGAGGCCUGGUGGGGCGCGGAGCCCGCCCGCUUCCCCGAGUGGGACGAGUGGGAACCCGAGGACGAGGAGGAGGAGGAGCCGGCGCUGGAGGAGCUGGAGCAGCGCGAGGUGUUGGUGCUGGGGCUGGAUGGCUCCGGGAAGAGCACGUUCCUGCGCGUGCUGUCGGGGAAGCCACCGCUGGAAGGCCACAUCCCCACCUGGGGCUUCAACUCCGUGCGGCUGCCCACCAAGGACUUCGAGGUGGACGUGCUAGAGAUCGGUGGCAGCCAGAACCUGCGCUUCUACUGGAAGGAGUUUGUGAAUGAAGUGGACGUGCUGGUGUUCAUGGUGGACUCGGCGGACCGGCUGCGGCUGCCCUGGGCCCGGCAGGAACUGCACAAGCUGCUGGAGAAGGACCCUGACCUGCCUGUCGUCGUGGUAGCCAACAAGCAGGACCUGGGCGAGGCCAUGAGUGUGGUGGAGCUGCAGCAGGAGCUGGGCCUGCAGGCCUUCGAGAGCCAGCGGGAAGUCUUCCUCCUGGCGGCCAGCAUCGCCCCGGCCGGAUCCGGCUUUGAAGACCCUGGCACCGUGCACAUCUGGAGGCUGCUCUUGGAGCUUCUCUCCUAGGCUGGCACCGCCUGCUCACCGCCCAGCCCUGGAGCCCCCGUUUUGCUGUUCCUGCUUCUUUACCAGCCUGGGCCUGGGGCAGGAGCCACGUGGCAGCACUGCCCUUCCCCGCUUGCCCUCUCACGAGCACGAGCACGAGCACGGCCUGGGCAAGGCCAAGAACCAUGUAGAAGCCUUCCUGGUGAGCUGGCCGUGAGGCCGAAGCUGCGGGGUAGGUGAGGACGGCGCCUGGCUCAUUCGGGGCUGGCCGUGGAUCCAGCUUUCACCAGUGAAGACCCCCUCUGACCUGUACAGGGCGAUGCUCAGUGGGCUCAGGUCUCCCCUCCCUGCAGGCCCUGGUGACACCAGUGUAGGUGUCAGAAGCAUUCCCAGUCUAGACUGUUUGUUCCCGGCAACUCCACGCUCCUCACGUGGGCAGGUGCUUGGCGUACACAGUGAGUCUUGGCUCCCGGUCCCACACUGUCCUGCAGCCCCAGCUCUGCCCAGUGGGCUGAGGCCUUGUGCAGUCUCUUCCUCUCUGGCCCAGGGCCAUCAUUUUUAAAGGAAGGUGAUUUCUGUGUUUUUUUCUAUCUUGGAGAUGCAUUUCCCUGCCAGGGGGAUUAGAAAUGUUAGGACAAACCUGGAGACCUGAGCAAGCUUUCUGAAACCUCCCUGCGCCCACCAAGCCGAGGCCUGGCCCGCAGUCUCAUGACUACAGAAUAAGUGGCAUUCAUGCCCUAAUCAGAGAAACUGGUCUUUCCCCCCCAAUCUGGAGACAAGCUGCUGCUCUUACAUUAACUGUGCCAGUGCCCAUGUUUACAUAAGUGGGGGAGGCAGGAGUCCAUGUUCCUGGGGAAAUGACUCGACCAGAGCUGGGCGUUGGCCUCAGAACUGCCUUGUAAUUUAUUUAUUUAUAAAGGAACAGGCCAUAGAUUUAGGCUGUUUCCAGGUGCUGUAAUCAAAACCCCAGAUGACUGUCUUGAGAACAGGUGGAAUCGUGACCGACAAGGUGAUACCAUGUCCGUGUCGCUGGAGACAGCUCUAGCUUGCCCUGCCCUUUGUGGCUCCACCUGAUACCAGCACUUCACACUGAUCCGCGUGAACUUGUACGUGGAGGGGACGCAGACCCCUUCUGUGUGGAUAACCAAUGACUGGGACAAGAAAUGCCAAUCAUGUCAAUCCAGGUAAAAGCAAUGGGGCGUAGCAGACCGGCCCCCUGGAGGACGUGGCCAGCCUUUCUGGGCCCUUUGAUUCUGCGGUCUCUCCAGUGCACCUUCCAUGCUCCUCUCUCCAGGGACCAGCCAGUUGAAGACCAUCUCUGCGCUGACACUUCUCUUUAGUGCAGGCAAAAGAAGGAGCCUUUUGUCUGUCUGGAGCCAACGAAUAAUCAGCAGCCACAAAGACUUCUUUCUAGAGCGGAUCUCCAGUUCAGUUUGCUUUUUAAUUGAGAAAAGAGAUUAUGUGCCUUUGUUUCGUUUGACAUUUACUCUGUGCUUCAGUUCUGUGGCCCUUGCAAGGAGAGGGACAGGGACAGCGAGGCGGCGGGGGGAGGGAAGCGCUGAAGUCCACAGUGGUGUGAGGGCUGAGGAGUGGCUGCUGGGCUCUUGCGCUGCGGUUUCCAGAGCAGAACUGCUGUCUGAAAUCCCCAUUAACUUGCUGCGUUAAGUGAUUGGUCUGCCUUUUAGUGUUUAAGGAAUGACUUGGGUUUUAAGAGUAGCCUUUGAAACUUUUCUGACAACUUUUCAUUUUGCCAUUGGAAGACUGAGAAACCUUAUUCUCUGUUCUGUAAACCCCAACUUGUUUCCAGUGCUUGAAAGUUACCUAGGGAACCAGCAUUGGUGAGGGGACCCCCCCUUUUUUUUUUAAUUGGGGAGUUGGGGGAAGGGGAACAGACAAGUUGCUGUCGUUUUGUUCUUCAGUCUA